AUGUCGGGCUACGUCACCAAGGAGAUUCUCCAGAUGAUGGAGGAGCUCUCCCUCGAGCCGGUGGAGACGGACAUCGCGACGCUGGACAAGCAGUCCGACGGCAGUCACGACGAUGCCGACGCGCCCAUUCCGGGCAAUACACCAAUGACCGAGGGGAAAUACAAGACCCGCAAGACGACGUACGCCAGCAUCUACAUCAACGACAAGGACUACGUGAACUGGGUGAGGACGCACAUUGGCAACAAGAGCUCCAAGGUGAUGCGCCAGUUCAAGGUCUAUGUGGCUUUCCGCGACGAGGGCAAGGCCGCUCGGAUUCAGGAGACAGCCCGUCAACAGAUGGGCAAGAAGGAGAAGCCGAUGCGAGCGGGCAGCCCGAAGAGGGCACGGGAGCACCGCAGCCGGGGCUCCAUGGAGCUGGACAACCUCGACGAGGACAGCAUGGAACCAUGGGUGGCGGUGGAUCCAGAGGUGACGGAGAAUGCCUUGCACGGCUGGAAGUGGUUCACGGUCAAUGUUCUGGCCAGCGACAAAAACCAGAUCAAGAGGAUGGCAAGCUGCAUCAAGGAGCCGCUCGGAGGUGAUAUUCCGACCGAUGCGGAGCCAUCGGCUGAUGAUGGGAGCAAGGACGGGCAGAGCCAAGUUCUGAACCUAUGGUGCAACUUGAAGCAAGCAGCCAGUCAUGUGAGCAUGCUGUUCAAGAAGAAGCAAGUGGAGCAGUGCAUAGAGCAUGUCAUUCAGUGCUGUGAGCGUGUGUGCAAGUCCAGUGGCAUGUUCUUGUUGCAAGUUCCGGAUCCACAAACGGGGAACAUGUUUCAGCAAAGCCGCAAGUACAUCACCAACGUGCGUGACACACAAGUCCUGGAACAAGCGUGUCGGGGGGACCACCAACAUGAGAACCGGGAAGGUGAAACUCGCAUCGGGGAAGCCAAGGUGAGGAGAAAGGUGUGCGCCGGGGUGGAAACCGAACCGUUUGUGCGAGCUGUGUUGCGUGUGUGCAAGAAGGAGAGAAACAGAAGAGGAGUGGAAGUGCUUGCGUCGGAGAAACUCAACAAUCCUAGGAGCGACAAAGAACUCAUGGAAACCAUUCGGAGGUGUCAUGUCAACCUGGGCCACCCCUCUCGAGAGAGAUUCCUUUACAUGCUUCGCACCGCCAAGGCCAAGGAUCAGGCGAUAGAAUGUGCUAAGCGUUUGAAGUGUGCGACGUGCGAGGCUAGGAAAGAGAUGCCAUCUCAUCAGGUGAGUAAGCAUCGGAGGGCCGAGGGAUUCAAUCAGCAGGUUUGUGUUGAUGUGUUUGAGGUGCCGAUCUACCAACAAAAGAAGUUGAAGUGUCUUAGCAUCGUGUGUGAAGGAACUUCCAUGCACAUUUGUGCUCCCUUGUGGAAGGGGGCCACUGCUGAGAACAUUGCCAAGGCCUACCGGAAAAGCUGGACUCGGUGGGCGGGGGUUCCGAUUAAGCUGUUUUCUGAUGGGGGGUCAGAGUUUGAUAAAGAAUUUCAGAACGCCCUGGACGUGCAAGGCACGUGCACGGAGAAAGCAGCAGCGGAGGCUCCAUGGCAGAACGGUUUGUGCGAGAGAAAUAACCAAUCUUGGAAGUUGAUUUUCUCGAAAGCCUUCGAGGAAUGUGUGCCAACCAGCAAACAGGAAGUGAACCAGUUGAUUGAUCAAGUGAACAAUUCCAAGAACAACAUGAUGAAGAGACACGGGUAUGCUCCUUGUCAACAUGUGUUUGGAUGCAGCCCUCGUUUUCCUGACUCGAUUCUGAACGAAGAUGCGUGUGUUGUGUCAAAUUCAGCAUACUUACAUGGUGACCAUGAUGUGGUCAGAGCUCAAGCAAUUCGACUGGCGGCAAGAAGGGCGCUAGUGGAAGCCGAUAACGAGGAUAAAGUGCGGAGGGCCAUUGAACACCGCACUCGGAAAGAGCGCGGUCCCUUUUCUGUUGGUGACCUAGUGUACUACUAUCGGAAGCUUGUCGGCAACAAGGGUGUGUGGAAAGGGCCCGGAAGGAUCAUUGGCAUGCUCGAGAACCGCUCAAGGAUAUGGGUGUGUCAUGGCAAGAAAGUGCUGCGAUGCUGCCCUGAGCAGCUGAGAGGUCUGAGCGAAGACCAGGAGGCAGCAUUCCGACUGGUUCCGGUUGAGAUGUUGCGACGACGACAGGAGCACGCGAGUCCGGGUGCCCAGACCUUCGCGGAUAUCUCCGGCGAAGGACCACCUCCUGAUGAGGAGAUGGAUGUACGAACUGAGCCUGAGAACAAGAGACCACGAGUGCAGUUUUCGGACAGCAGUCGUGAUGAUCCGUUGUUUCCCGAGCUCUUUCCUGGAGAGCAGCAAGAAGAUGGUGCCGAGAGCACUGUUCCGGGAGCUGGUUCGGUACGCACGGCCUCUCAGCCUCCAUCGAGAAGGCCAUCCACGCAGGUUGGAUCGAGGAGACCCUCGACUUCUGAGGGAUAUGGGCCAGCACCUCGUGAGACCAGAGGAAGUGAGCUUCGACGAGACCUGAUGUCAACGGCGAGACCGGGAACAAGAGCAGCAGGACUAAGCCAGCAGCAGAUUGAUGAUGUCGUGAACCAAGACAUGACCUUGGAACAAAUUCAACAGCUGGCUGCAGCAGGACAGGUGCCAGUUCCUGGAGAUGACGAAGGUCUUCAAGUCGAACGAGUGCAGCUUGAGAAGGAUGUUUUUGAAGCGUCGCUCCUUCAGGUCUUGGAGGAACAUGCUAAGGACAUCGAGGUGAACCUUUCCGAGAUUCGGGAGAGUGACGCCUUCAUCGCACAACAUUUGAGGAGUGCAGAAAUUCGGGAACGUGACCUUGAUCCAGCAGAGCGAGAAGAGCUACUUGGUGCUAAAUCGAAGGAGUGGCAAAAGCUGCUUAGCACUGGAGCGAUCAAGGUGAUCAGUGGACCAGAAGCUGAGAUUCUUCGCCGUCAGAUAGAUCCAUCACGUAUUCUGAAGUCCAGGUUUGUGAAAACAAGGCGGCCUCAUCCCAAGCUGCCGGGAAAGAAAGAGUUGAAAUGCCGAUGGUGUGUCAAGGGCUAUCUGGAUCCGGAUGCGGAGUCCCUGCUUCGGCAGGCACCUACAUUGUCAGGUGAUGGCCUGGCUAUGGUGCUGCAGAUGAUAGCAUCUAGAGGCUGGGAUCUGGAGAUUGCCGAUGUCGAGGGUGCGUUUCUACAGGGCAAGCCCUUGGAGAGGAGCGCCGGCCCCAUCUAUGUGGAGAUGCCGAACGAAGAGGUACCAGGAGCAGCGCCAGGCUCCCUGGUACAGCUCAUCAAGUGCGUCUAUGGAUUGAUGGACGCGCCUCGGCAGUGGUAUGACAGCUUUAUGGGCACCAUGGAAGGAUUAGGAAUGCGCAGGUCCAAAUUGGACCCAUGUGUUCUUCUGUGGUUCGACGGAGACGAACUUGGAGGAAUCUGUGCCGUGCAUGUAGAUGACAUGGUCAUUGCAGGGAACCAGAAGUUUCACGACACGGUGCUGAACAAGCUUCGUGAAGCCUAUCCGUUCAAGCGCUGGAGAAUCGGAAAAGGCGACUUCCUUGGCAGAUACCUGGAGCAGGAUGAGAACAAGACCAUCACGUGCAGCCAAAAGGAAUAUGCCGACAAGGUGGAGAUCAUCAACAUCAACAGAGAUCGACGCAAGCAAAAGGAUCAACCACUCACUGCAUCCGAGCUUAGACAGCUUCGUGGAGUUGUUGGAGCAGCGUCGUGGCUAGUUGGAAGUACACGGUCCGACAUUGCUGCUCAGACAGCAAUCCUUCAGCAGAAGCUGGGAGCUCCCACCGUGCAGGAGAUGAUUGACGCAAACAAGCUUGUGGCGCGGAUCAAGGACCUGUCCAAGGUGAAGAUCAAGUACCGGCCAAUACCUGUGGAUCAAGUGAUGUUCCUAGCGGUGUCUGACGCCAGCUGGAGCAACACGGAUGAUCUUAAGACGCAGGCUGGAUACAUGACGAUGGCCGUGGACCGUGAAAUUCGAAAUGAGGUGUGGGCCAAGAUGUCUCCUCUGCGAUGGAAAAGCUACAAGCUGGAACGGAGGACACAGUCCACACUAGGCGCAGAACUCAUGGCCAUAGCCAGAGCUGUGGCAGAAGCGAACUGGAUGCGAUCAUUGUGGGCCGAAGCGAGUCACCGGGAGUACAACCUGCGUGAGGACCUCAAGUUUCGCAAUCUGACUCCCAUGAUGGUGGCCACAGACAACAAGCCCAUCUAUGAUCACUCACAGGGGGACGGCAUCGUCGUCAAAGACAAGAGGGUGGCCAUUGACAUGUUGCUGCUCAAGAGCGACUUGAGCGAUAGCAACGUGGUGUUAAGAUGGCUUGACACGAAGCAGAUGGUAGUCGACGGCAUGACGAAGAGCAAUGCGUCUAUCGAUUACCUGCUUUACGUGCUCAGACAGGGAGAGUUCAUUGUGGUCAGGGAAUCUAAGUCUUUAGAGUGGAAAGCUCAACAACGGCGUCGUAAGAUGGGUGACUGA